AAUGCCCUGUUCCGAGAUUCCGAUAUCGGUGACCCAAAGCUUGUGUGUGCUGACCGUGAACCACCGAGAGCUGUUGCUGAAGCCGUGUCACCUUCAAAUUCCGCGAGUAAUCUACCUCGCCCACAGGUCGAUUGUCCUCCUCCUCCUCCUGCUGCUGCUGCCUCGGCUCCUCCACGCUUUGACUCGGAUUCGAAAUCUCACGAACUGACAGAGCAGAUCACAGUAGCCAAAUCAUGGACGUCUCCAAUCGCGCCUCAAACGCGAUCCAAUGCCAGUUCACUGCAAAACGAGUUGGAGGAUCUAUUAGGGGCCCAGACAGCUCGAGAGAAAGAGAGCAAACGGGUGCAGGAAGAGAUACUAACCCUACUGAAUACUCCUUCCUCAAAGGAGCGAAUUCUGAGCGAGAAGUUUCGUUCCCAAGGAGGUAGCCAGGUACAACAGUUUUGUGCUCAGGGGACGCGAAUCGAAUGUGCCAAAUACAAAGCACGGACUGGAAAUCAGGAACGUUGCACGAAACUUCAUUUUCGCAAAAUUAUCCAUUCCCAUACAGACGAAUCUCUCGGGGACUGUUCGUUUUUGAACACUUGUUUUCAUGUGGAUACUUGUAAAUAUGUGCAUUACACCAUCGACUAUUCUGAUGAAGAGACCGGAAAAUCCACUCACGGCCUCUCGUCCGCCAACACUCAGCAGUCUACCACCGAAACGACCCAGGUCCUGGAGGGUAAACAGACGGAGAUGGAAGCACCAGUCACGCUCUAUCCUCCUCAGUGGAUCAAUUGCGAUAUACGCAUGCUCAAUAUGUCAAUUUUGGGUAAAUUCGCCGUGAUCAUGGCAGACCCACCAUGGGAUAUUCACAUGGAGCUGCCUUACGGUACUAUGUCCGAUGACGAAAUGAGACGUUUAGACAUCCCAUGUCUUCAGGACGAUGGAUACAUAUUUCUCUGGGUGACCGGAAGAGCUAUGGAACUCGGUCGUGAAUGCCUUCGACUAUGGGGCUAUCAGCGUGUGGACGAGAUUAUCUGGGUCAAGACAAACCAACUUCAACGCCUCAUACGAACAGGACGGACCGGUCAUUGGCUCAAUCACGGGAAGGAACAUUGUUUAGUUGGAGUUAAAGGUAAACCUCAGAAUACCGUUAUUGGUAACGUACAAAUACACCAAAAUCUGCAGUUUGGUGAGAACAACCCGCUGUUUGAUUCCAUCAUCCGGGAUGAUGAACUAGUUAGCAGUCCCGUAGGAUGCUUGGGUAAGCCGGUCUUCCGUUCUCUGAACCAGAAUCACCACGAAGAAGAGGAUCGAUAA